GGAGCGACAUAGGAAUUAGGAAAGUGGGAUGAGAGAGAAAGACAAACGAAGUGAGAACAAAACGAAAGGAAACAGUAGACAGUUAAGCUGUCUGACACAGCCCACCACACCAUUGCCGACCGCCACGGCACCCUUUGCUUUGGCCGCGGCGCCUAUAUGCCCACUGCUUACUGGUCCAUUCCCUAUCAUAUUGUCUCUCCUCUAUCAUUUCUCUUGAAUUCCCUGUCCCUCCCUCCCUCCCUCUCUGUCUAUCCCCCAAAAACGAACAUUAAAGAUGACUGAAUCAAGGUUUCGCGUGCUGCUCUAAUGACCUUGAUGAUGAUCGAUCAGGUGAAGCUAGCAACCAGUGCGUUUUGUUUGAGAUGACUACUGAACUCAAACAAACCUAUUCCUCUGUCUCUUAAAACAUCUUUCACUUAGCUCUAGAUUGAGACCUGGGGUUAGUGGACUUUUUCCACGCCCGACACUCGUACAGAUUCCCUUCUGUUUCCUUCUCUCGUAUAAGCAGUGGAGAUUCUCAGGAGCCAGAAAUAGACACGUAGAGUUAUUAUAGGCUUUAUAUCUGAAACGCCUCUCUAUCAAUUUCAAGACUCAUCUCAAGACCUACAUGCACCCAGGUUAAUCUCGGUUCAAUAUCAGAUUAACGGAAAAGGGUUUUAUAAAUCAGUAUCGGAAAGAAGAGCCCGCUUCAAUAGAUAGAGUGAUGCAGCAAGAUAGAGGAGGAAGAGGGAGUGAGCAAGGCAUGAAGCAGAACCAACAGCAAGAUCAGAGAUUGAAGGCGUUGACGGGAGAGAAUCAGCCGAAUCCACCUGAAAAGUGUCCUCGUUGCGAGUCUCUUAAUACAAAGUUUUGUUAUUACAACAAUUACAGUCUCUCGCAGCCUCGUUAUUUCUGCAAGAAUUGUCGAAGGUAUUGGACCCAAGGUGGAACACUUAGGAACGUUCCCGUAGGAGGUGGUUGCAGGAAAGGGAAACGAACAAAGGUUUCUUCUCCCGGCGAAAACUCAAGGUCUCAUCCACAGAUACCUAAGCAGCAAGCAGCUCAGCAACACAACAUGGCAUCACCACAAAGUAUGAUCUCUUCUAACCCUAUGAUCAGUGUAAGUGCUGCUCUGAGAACCAAGGAAACCGGUAGUUUGGCUUCAUCGUCUGCUAUUUCUUCUGUGGGAUCGUUUUAUCCUGGUGCUGGAUUCUUAUCUUCUUUGGCUGCAAUUCAGUCGAUGAGCCAACCGCAACCGCAACUUUUUAAUCAACCUCUCAAUCAGGCUCUAAGCAUCGGUGGUGAGCUGGGUGGUUCAUCAAAUUUGGGUCUUUUGCAAGAAUAUGGUGUCCCUUCUUUCGGGUCACAUCAGCAUCAGUCAAUUCAGCUAACCCAAUUCUUUGCUAUGGGUGAUAGAGAUCAAAAGACUGUAAACAUCUGCCCAUCUGAUGAAGAAAGGUUGAUUCAGUCUAGCAGCUGGCCUUCUGCAGGUAACUCUUCUCAGCAGAAUUGGCAUCAAAGUUUCAUCAACAACCAUGACCCUACAGUUUCUGAAGCGGCUUUGUGGAGUAUCAACAACCGCAACAGCAGCACAAGUAGCCAUGGGAAUACAAACACCAGCAACACUACGGAUGCUUCUUUGAAUCCAAACCAAUGGCCUGAUCUUCCAGGUUAUGGCACUCCUCCAUAAUGAUCUUUCGUCAGCCAUUGCCGUAAACGUCCAAAGGUAUACAACUUUAAAACUCUAAAAUGGAAAUUCAUUUUUCGCCUUCUCUAUGCAGAAAGCCAUCGAACUUUCAGCCUCACAUGUUGAAAAUUGCAUCUUUUAUUG